GUUUCUUCGUCACUGUUGCUGGAUUAUCUGAAGAGGUUUCCCUCACAGUAUGCUGCAAUCUUAAUUACUCUCAACUAGAGAAACUUAAAGUUCGUUUUCAUUAAACCUUUCUAGCAUUUUUUGGGAACUAACGAUGGAAUGAUUGUGUUUCAACCUCCUAGGUAUUCAUACUGGAGCAUAAGAACUGCGUCUUUUGCGCACCAUGAAUCAUAUCUACACCAAACGAGCACUCUCGGUGCUUAUUAUCUGCGCAUUUUUAAGUCUUCCUUAUGGCUCCAGUGGAGAAGCUCCACCUAAACCAGGUGAAGGGGUCACGAUUUUGUCCCCUGUUAAGCCUGAUAAUGGACCCCAGGUUUAUCCAGAAGAUGAAAAGUCUAAUUUACCUGUGUUCACUAUGGACUAUCCCAGAAUACAGAUCCCGUUUGAGAUCACUUUAUGGAUGCUGCUGGCUUCGUUCGCAAAAAUAGGCUUUCAUGUGUACCACAAGAUAACCAUCUGGGUGCCAGAGUCAUGUCUUCUAAUAACCAUCGGUCUGAUUGUUGGAGGCAUUAUGCACUCAGUCAAAGAGGAGCCCCCAGCUGUUCUCACCAGCAAUGUCUUCUUCCUUUACAUGCUCCCCCCUAUCGUCCUUGACUCGGGCUACUUCAUGCCCGCCAGGCCUUUCUUUGAGAACAUUGGCACAGUGUUGUGGUUUGCAGUGGUGGGAACCCUGUGGAACAGCAUCGGCAUCGGCAUGUCCCUGUUCGCCAUAUGCCAGAUCGAAGCGUUCGACGUGCAGGACAUCAACCUCCAGGAGAACCUGUUGUUUGCAGCUAUCAUCUCGGCCGUGGACCCCGUGGCGGUUCUCAACGUGUUUGAGCAGGCUUCUGUGAACGAGCAGCUCUACAUUGCGAUUUUUGGAGAAUGCCUCUUCAACGAUGCCAUCACUGUGGUGCUGUACAGCAUGUUCAGCUUUGUGGCAGAAAUGCCAGUGGUGGACCCGGUGGACGUGUUCUUGGGAGUGUCGAGGUUCUUUGUGGUCGGCCUUGGGGGGAUGGGUUUUGGCAUCCUUUUCGGUUUUGUGGCCGCCUUCACAACAAGAUUCACCUCCAAGGUCAGAGAAAUUGAGCCCCUCUUCAUCUUCAUGUACAGCUAUCUGGCGUAUCUGGUGGCCGAGCUCUUUGCCAUCUCAUCCAUCAUGGCCAUUGUUUGCUGUGCCCUCACUAUGAAGAACUACGUCGAAGAGAAUGUUUCCCAGCGUUCUUGCACGACCAUCCGGCAUGUGGUCAAAAUGCUCGGCUCUAUCUCGGAGACCCUUAUCUUCUUCUUCCUGGGCGUCGUCACCAUAACGACCGAGCAUGAGUGGAACUGGGGCUACAUCCUGUUCACGCUGUUGUUUGCCUUUCUAUGGAGAGGUCUGGGUGUUUUGUUGUUGACUCAGAUCAUCAACCCUUUCCGAACCAUCCCCUUCAACAUGAAAGAUCAGUUUGGUUUGGCCUACGGAGGACUGCGAGGUGCAGUUUCAUUUGCUCUGGCCUUUACGCUACCUGACCACAUCGGCCGAAAGCAGCUGUUUGUCACUGCCACCAUCGCAGUCAUCCUCUUCACCGUGUUUCUUCAGGGAAUCAGUAUCCAACCUCUGAUUGAGUUCAUCAAUGUUCGCAGAACCAACCGCAACGUGGACACCAUCAAUGUAGAGAUUCACAGCAGGCUCAUGGAGCACACAAUGGAAGGAAUAGAAGAUCUCUGUGGACAGUGGAGUCAUUUCUACUGGAAGGACAAGUUCAUGAAGUUUAACAACCGAAUACUACGCCGGAUCUUUAUCCGAGACCGCAGGGCCGAGUCCAGUAUUGUCGCGUUGUACAAGAAGCUGGAGCUGCAGAAUGCCAUGGAGAUCCUGGACACGGUGCCUGGGGACAUCAGUGCUGCUCCGUCCCUCGUCUCCCUCCAGGACGAGAAGAAGGAAUCUCCUAAACCAAAGAAGAUAUACAUGGCCGAGGACCUUAAAAACAUGCACAACAUCCUGUCCAAGAACAUGUACAAGAUCAGGCAGCGGACGGUGGCAUUCACGAGUAAGCAUGCUCUGCCCAAUGACAGCCAGCCAAGAGAGAUCCUGAUCAGACGCCACGCCAGCAUCCGGCGAAGCCUCCGUCCUGGCAUCCUUCAGUCAACGAUGGUUCCAAAGUCACAGAAAUAUUUCUCACUUCCUGCUGCACAGAAUUUGGGGUCUAAAUAUCCUUCUGUUAGGCUGAGUUAUGCAGAUGACCACGAAACCAUGUCGGACGUAGCCUAUCCUACCCGGCGCUCUCGAUUCAGCCAUCCCAAGCGCUCCUCGUCUGGUGCCAUGAUGCCUCUUCACAGGCUGGGCACUCUAAAAGAAGUCCCCUCUACUGAUGUUCUCAAUGAAAGCGAGGGAGAGGGUGGCAGCAAAGACUGUAGCACGCCCAUUGACCCACUGCUCCAUUUUUCUGGGUGGUUGUGA